GUGUGAUCUCUCUUUGUCAGUCAUCGCAGCCAUGGCAAAGCUUAAGGAGUUGGAUGUGCAAUGCUUCAGUAUCCUGGACGACGACUCUCUGCUGGAGGAGGACAAAGUGGACAAGAUGGAAGAGAUUGUGAGGACUAAAUAUCCCAACAUGAGCGCCCAGCAGCUGGAGAAGACCAUCAUGGAUGUCAUGUGGAGGCACAAGGAUCCCUCGAGGGCACAGACACAGCUGCCCACGGUGGUGAAAGUGGAAGAGCGUGAAAUGAAGAUAGACAUUCCGAGCUUUGAGCGGAGAGUGCAGCUGCAAAAGCAGUGCUUGGAAUUGCAGGCGAUGGAGGAGGAGGAAUCAAAGAGCGAGUAUAAGAGUCUGCUCCAAAGGACGAACCAGCUCUCUGAUGAGCUCUACAGUAACGCAGACUCGAAACGGCCAGCAGCCAACGACUCGCCAUUGGAUCAGCUGCUUGCGAUGUUUGACCAUAGCGUAACAAAGGCGAGGAUAGAACAGGCAUUGAGGAGCACAGGAUACGAUGUCAUCUCUGCUGCCAAUUUGAUCCUUACGCAGCUGAAGAGGGAGACAGGCGUGGAGCAGUCCACCGUGGACUCGGAACACAAGAGCCCAUUCUUUGGUGCUGGAAAGAACGUCAACGUUGUUUGCAGCUUCUUCACCAAGAAUGGAUACUGUCUAAAAUCAGACUGCCGGUUCCGUCAUGAUAUUGAGAAUAGAACUUGCAGCUUUUGGCUUAGGGGAAACUGUCUAGCUGGUGAUAACUGCCUGUUCCAACAUAACUUGGGCUCGUUGUCUGCCCCUCCAAGCUCAACAGGUAAAUCUACAUCGACAUUUUCCCCAGAAACGACACCAUCAUUUAUACCAACUUCUUCGUCUUCUCCGUCAUCGAUGCCCACUUCAAAGGCCAGUCUAAUACGGUUGCCUCUAAGGAAACCUAAAUCGAUACCAUGGGAAUCUAGCGACCCCAGGUUCGAGAAAUAUAACCAUUUCCGCAAGAAUGCGGCCAAGGCAGAAGAUUUGAGGAAGAAAUUUGCCCGUAUAUCAACAGAAUCGUGGAAAUCUAACGACGGAUUGAAGUCUAAACAGUACAGUACAAAGGCAAAUGUGCAGGAGGAAAAAUACUUUGAUGCUCUAAAGUUAGCAGAUGACGAAUUGGCGAAAUACUCUGACUCAAACGAUGAUGAAGUUUGGUUUGAAAUGCACGGUUACGAUUUCAACGAUGCCAUUGAACAACUGGGGUCGUCAUUAACUGAAGUGAAAAAGACUUGUCACAAGAAUUCCAAAAUUGUCUUCAUCGUUGUUCCUUCAACAUCCGAUUACUCUCAGUAUAAGAAGACUACGAAACCUAUAACCAUAUGGCUUGACCACAACGGGUACAGGUGGGAAAUUCACAGCUGUGGUGCUACUAACAUGGGUUCAGUAAUUGCCAUUGAUCCAUGGUCUGUUUGAUAUAUAUUAAUUGUUUAGUCAUUGAAUUCAAAAGGCCUCUGCAAUAGCAUCUUCCAGCUCAACGAUGGAUUUGAGCAGCUCGUCGUGUCCGAUGAGAAUAAAGGAUUGAAUCAACCCUUUCUUAGACUCCAAAGAGUUUGUAUAUAGAGCAUUCGACUCCAAGAACUUAUCCUCAUC